GCCCCGCCCCCCUGCGGGCAGCAGGGUAGUGCGCUCGGCGCGCGGCCAGCGCGGCUCCCCUCCCCGCUCCUCCUCCCGCCGGGCCCGCAGGGGACAGCGACACUCGCCAGGCGCCUCCGUCCCGGCGCUGCCCCGCGCCCCCGCCGCUCGAUAAGCAGCUCCUGAGGACUGAAGUACCUGCCCAGGGAACACCUGCUCCUGAGGUGCUCAGGCAUGGCUGACCUGGACCACUCCCUGAGCCUGGCCGACGCUCUGACGGAGCCGCCGCCCGACGUGGAGCCCGAGGUGAAGAGGGACUUCAUCGCCACGCUGGAGGCUGAGAAGUUUGAUGACGUGGUGGGGGAGACUGUGGACAAGACAGACUACGUGCCCCUGCUGGAUGAUGAGGACGAGGCCAGGCCUGGCAGCCAGGAGCCCAAGAGCAAAGGCCACGUGGACGGGAUUGCCGUGGAAAAUUCCUCAGCCUCGGGGCCCACGGUGGUGGAGAACGGUGACCACGGGCUGCAGGACCACCACACAGUAUUCCCAGGAGAAAUCAUGGAUGAGAAGAUGUCCUACAAAGAGUUCCUGGAUCGCAACGACUCCUGGUCAGCAGAGGAGAGGGACCUGUGCUUCAAACCCAUGGACGUGGCUGACCCCUUCAGCCUGCACAGAGGGGACAACCUGCCGGAGCUGUCCUUCCCCACGGACAUGAAGAACGCGCCGCUGUUCCCGGGCCACGCCGAUGCUGCCAGGGACAUCCUCGCUCCACAUGGAUCCAUGAUGGCACCUGAACAACCUUUCCUGGGGUCCCUGUAUUCCCCUGCAGAGGCUCUGGACCCAUCAGCCUUCAUCGGCCUCGAGUCAGGUACAGAAUUCCUGCCAGGAAAAGCAGUCCCUGAAGAAUACUGGAUGGGAGCUCAGCAGGACAUGAAGGGACCAGAUACCUCUUUCUUUGUUGAACCACCAGUGCCCCCUGCAGCCACAGAAGCCAUCAGGACGAGCCUGCCCGAGAGCCCCACGGCAGCAGCAGCCCCUGGGAACGUUCCUGCUGCAGCCCCAGCACUGCCAGCAGAGGCUGCAGCCCCCGAGGGACCAAAGGCUGCAGCUGCAGGUGCAGCCUCUGUUCCCGCCGCCGACGCCGCGUCCCUUCCCGCAGAGAAAGCUGGAGCUGUCCCUGCUGGAGACACCAAACCUCCCCAAAGCCCUGCAGCAGCAGCAGCCAGCCCUUUCCAUGCCACAGAUGGGGGCUUCUCUCCUGCACCUGAAGGCAACCUUCCCAAAGGUGUCAAUGACAUGUCCACCCCGGGGACAGAGCUCGGCUUCGCCCCGGCAGCAGAUGCUGGAUCCCACCAUGGGGUGGAUUUGGGGUUUGCUCCAGCAGCAGGCGUGGAGUCCCACCAGGCCAUGGAUUUGGGAUUUGCCCCAGCAGCAGGUAUGGAGUCCCACCAAGCCAUGGAUUUUGGAUUUUCCCCAGCAGCAGAUGUGGAGUCCCACCAGAACAUGGAUUUGGGGUUUGCUCCAGCAGCAGGUGUGGAAUCUCACCAGACCAUGGAUUUGGGAUUUGCUCCAGCAGCAGAUGUGGAAUGUCACCAGAACAUGGAUUUGGGAUUUGCUCCAGCAGCAGGUGUGGAGUCCCACCAGACCAUGGAUUUGGGGUUUGCCCCGGCAGCAGAUGCAGAACCUCACCAUACCUUGGAUUUGGGAUUUGCUCCAGCAGCAGAGAACAAAGCUCAGCAGGUUAUGGGCUCUGAGUUUGGCCCUGCAGCAGAAGUCAACCAUCACCAUGGCCUGGAUUCUGGGUUUGCUCCUGCAGCUCCAGCCAAGCCUGUCCCUGCUGUGGAUGGAGGGAAGGUGGAGGCUCAGCCUGGCCCUGCAGCUGCCCCCAGCAUGGCUGUGUCUGGGGAGCUGCUGACAUCUGAGGCUGCCCUGCAGCAGGACAAGUCUCCUGCAGAAGCAACAGCAAAGGUGGAGGCGGAAUCCAAAGUCCCAGAAGUUGCUGUGGAUCACUCAGAGGAGGUGAAGGACAGGAAACCUCCCCCGAGCCCCCGGGAGGAGGAAAUUCCCGGGAAAAGCAAGCAGCCCCCGGAGGCAGCAGCUGAAGCAAAAGGAGCACUAGAAAACAACAAAGACCUUCCAGAAAAAUCUGCUCCUGCUGAGAAUGGUGAGACACAGAAGGAGGAGGCUGAGCACAACCACGUCCAACAUGCAGAACCUCAGGAAGGGAAAACCCUGCAGGAGCCCACAGCCAAGGCAGAGGAGGCCAAGGCAGCCGAGGCCGUGAGUGGGAACGACAUCACAGCUCCUCCCAACAAGGAGCUGCCCCCCAGCCCCGAGAAGAAGAGCAAGCCUGCUGCAUCCUCCUCCACUGCCAAGGCGGCGGCAGCGAGAGCCAAGCCCUCGGCCAGCAGCAGCCCCAAGCGGCCCAGCUCGGCCGCCCCGGGCACAAACAAAAAGCCCACGAGCCCCAGUGCAGCUCCUGCUCCAGGCACCACCUCCAAACGCCCCGGCACCAGCAGCACCCGUCCCUCCACCCUCACUCCAAAAGAGACUAAACCAAAGGUCGCGGAUGCGAAGCCCGCGGAGAAGAGAACCUCCCUGUCCAAGCCUGCCUCCUCCACGGCUCCCAAAACCCCUUCCAGGAGCUCCUCUGCUGCUCCCCGGACCACGGCGCCGUCGCCGGUGACGGCAGCGGCCGCUGCCAAAACCACGGCGGCCACUCCUCCCAAGAGGCCGACCUCCAUCAAGACAGACACGAAGCCGGCAGAUGCCAAGAAACCCCCUGCAAAGUCUCCCUCAGCAGAUUCCAGCCGCCCCAAGAGCGCUCCCGGCAGCGUCCCCAAGAGCAGCGCCACCACUCCUUCCACCACGGCCUCCAGCGUGCCCGCCGCGGCCACCAGCCGGCCCAAGCCCAAAGGCACGGCCCCCAAAGCCGCCGCGGCCUCCACGGUGUCGGCAGACGCCAAGAAAGCGCCGGGCAAGGCCGUGGGCAGCAGAGGCAGCGCCGCAGCCGCGCCGCGAGCGCCGCGCCCGGCCAGCGCCGCCGGGCCCGACCUGCGCAACGUGCGCUCCAAGAUCGGCUCCACGGACAACAUCAAGCACCAGCCCGGCGGGGGAAAGGGGAAGGUAGAGAAAAGGCCAGAGUCAGCCGCCGCCGCGCCCAGCUCUGAGCCCAGCGCGGGCACUAAAGUGGCUCCCAAAGUGGCAGCAAAAGAGGGGGUCCCCAAACAGCCCAAUGGGAAAGUCCAGAUAGUCUCCAAAAAAGCGAACUACAGCCAUGUUCAGUCCAAGUGUGGUUCCAAGGACAAUAUUAAGCAUGUCCCUGGAGGUGGGAAUGUGCAGAUCCAGAACAAGAAAGUCGACCUUUCCAAAGUGUCCUCCAAGUGUGGAUCUAAAGCAAAUAUCAAGCAUAAGCCAGGGGGAGGAGACGUCAAAAUCGAGAACCAGAAGCUGAACUUCAAGGAGAAGGCCCAGGCCAAAGUGGGAUCUCUGGACAACGUGGGACACUCGCCGGCCGGAGGAGCCGUCAAGGCGGAGGGCGGCGCGGAGCCGCCGAACGGAGCGGGGCCGGGCCCGGCGCUGCGGGAGAACGGCGUGGGGCCGGGCCUGGCCGCCCUCAGCAGCGCCGACCAAAGGGAAAUGCAGAGCCUGGACACCCACAUCCAAGAAACAAGCAUCUAAUGAUGACAUUAUGGUAUCGUCUUCCAUUCCCCUCCUGUCCCUUGUCUCCUCCUCUCCCCGUGUCCCCCUGUCCCCUGCCCUUGUGUCGCUGCAGAUUGAGUCUCACAAGCUGACGUUCCGUGCGAAGGCCAAGGCUGGAACGGACCACGGAGCGAAAUCGUCGUCUCCAAACCCCCCACCCUUUCCAGCAGCACCUGCCCCCGGCGUAGCACCUCCGCCAGGACAGCCUGGGCUCCGUCGCCUCCCCGUCACCGCUGCCGCCCAGCAAGGCUUGUGACCCCCGGCCCUCUCCACGCCCCGGGGCCCCCAGCUUGGCUCUCUUAACCCGGCUCUGCCUCUAGGUGGGAGGGGGACGAUGUUCUUGGGCCGCCCGGGCUGGGGUCCCUCGGCGGCCGGGCCGGGCAGGGCUCCCCUCCAUCCCUCCCUCCAUCCCUCUCUCCUCCCUCUCCGUGCCCUCCCGCUGGCCCGGGGACUCUCGAGGGUCGCUGUGUCGGGGCCGGAGCGGAGCAGAGCCCUGGGCGGGCGAGGCCAGGCCGAGUUAACAGGGAUAAGCUGUGAUCUUUCUUUCUGUCUCUUUUUUUAACCCCUUCCCUCCUCGCCGCUUCAGUUUCUGCCGCCUGUGGGAUGCUGAUAAAUCCCCUCCACACUCGUUAGGCUGUUUUAACUGUUGACUUGAACCUUUUAUUCUUUGUGACGAAGUGUUGAUGAUUUAUCGUGUUCGAACCCGUGCUAAGUUUCCUUUUCUCUUUCCUUCUUUUCCGACCCGUAGGAGAGUAGGGACAUUUAACCGCUGCUGCCGUGCUGGCUUCUUACUGACAUAUCCAGCCGUUGUAACUUCUUUGUUGUUGUUUGGGGUUUUUUCUUUUAAUAUUUUAAAACGAUGGAGCGAGUUCAUGGGAUUAAGCCAUGUCCGGAACGAAAGGCACAGGAAUGUGUAGAGGGCAAACUUGCUGUGAGAGCUCAGGUGGAGCCUGUGUUGACCUCGAGAUGUGUAAUUGAUGCUCGAGAUGUGUUAAUUGAUGCUCGAGAUGUGUUAAUUGACGCUCGGAGCCCUCCCCGGGUGCCUUCUGCCAAGGUGGAUUAUUUAUUAAGGGCACGGCCGAGCCCUGGGGUUUGUCCCGUUUCUCCAGGGCCGAGGCUGGAGGGAGCAGGAGGCAGGGCAGGAGUUCCGAGGCUGCAGCAGGUCCGUGGGGGUGUGUGGGGCUGUGUGGUUCUUGGGGUGAUGGAGGGGGACCCGAGCAGCGCCGGGAUGAGCAGGGCCUGCAGGAGCAGGGAAGGGCAGCGCUCACCCGGGGCCUCGGCGGGGCAGCAGGGCAGGGCUGGUGCCAGGAAGGAGAUCUAACCACUCUUGGAGCUCCUCGUUUCAAAUGACACUAAAGAAACGCAGUGUAAAUAAAUUCAAACAAAAGAAAAGAAAAGUGUUCUUGGGUGGUCAAACUAAUUUAAAGAGGGAAAAAAAAAAAAAAAAAGGCAAGCAGAAUAACAAAACACUGGGAUCAAAGAGAACUGAACCAGGCGUGUGCUAAGGGGGGCUGCUCCAGGAGGGGACAGAGGGAAGCCUGCAGCUUCUCAUGCUUGUGGGAGUAUUUCUUUGGGAAGCCAACAACGACACGAUAACCCGGAAUCUGUAUUUACACACAAAGAUUCUUAUUGCACUUGUAUUUUUUAUAUUAAAGUUUGCAUGGUUUCUAAUAAAAUGGCAUUAAAAUGUA